CCAGCAUCGAACGGGGCCGUGCAAGUCGCAGAAUGGACUCUGUUGAGCCAGUACUUCACCAGCAGCUGUCCUCUCAAUACCGAGCACUGCAACCACAAGCUGCCCAAGCCAUUCAACAUGGACAGCAUGGCCAGCCUCACCUAGGUCAUCAUACGCUGGCUUCCCAAGGCGGACUCGACCUCGAUCUUAACAAUAGCGAUGCAGUGUUCCACCAAGAGCUUCGAUUGCAAGACCCAAACGGACACGGCUUUCAACCCUCGAAUCCCUUCGAACACAGCCAUAGCCACGGUGGACCUAUGCAUGUGCAAAAUAACGGUAGUCCGCAUACCCCGCAGCAUAACAAUGGUGGACAGUUUGGGAUCCUGACCGCCGGGUCAAUUCAGCACAACUCGAUUGCCCGUUUACAGGAGGAUGACAACAAUAUGUUUGGCGCAGCGGACGGGUCAGACCAGAAGAGUAAUGGGCAUCUCAGCACCAAGGUCGUUGUUGAUCCUCCUAAUCUUGCAGAGUGGCGCCAGAAACUGUUUAAUGUGGACGAAAUGAUCACAUUAAGUGAAGAUGAAUUUCAGACAUAUUUCCCUCACGUUGAUAAUGUAUACUCCCACCGUUCGACACAGCGCUACAAGAGGAAGCCCUUCGUUUCUCAUUACUGGGACUGCCGGCUUAAAGGACGGCCACCUGGAACACCCAAAUCAAACGACCCCAACAAGAAGAAGCGGAAGCGAACGGCAAGAGAGCGUGACCUAUGCGAUGUAAAGAUCAAAAUCACAGAAUAUUUUCCAGGUGCUAUGUUGAGGCCGGAUUUUGUUCCCGAUGGAGGCCCAGUAACACAAACAGACCCAUCGCAAAGCAACAACUUCUUUGCACCAGGUCAACCAGGAGGUCCUAUCCAACAACAGAACCAGUUUAGCGGUGUUCCCUUUGCCAACACUUCGGUUGCAAACAACCAUCCUGGCGCAACAGGACAGAGGUAUUACACCAUUCAGCGAGUCAACGGCAAUGGUGGGAAUGGUAAAGGCGAUGGUGUUCCAGGGCCUCACAAGCAUGCACUUGAAGAGAGCGAUCGGGUUAAGAAGAACAGUAUCCAAAGACUUACGAUGAAGAAGGACAAGGAGGAGAAGAAAAUACAGAAGACAUAUCACAAGAAAGCCAGCGGCAAUGCUUUGAUUACAGUCAGAAAACAUUCUAAGGAUAAUGAACUGAAGUUAUUUGGAAGCUGCUUCUGUCCGUUCGUACAGCGAGUUUGGAUCGCUCUGGAAGCCAAGGGUUUGCAAUACCAGUAUAUUGAGGUAGAUCCAUAUAAGAAGCCUCAGGCUUUAUUGGAUGUCAAUCCGCGAGGUCUCGUUCCUGGAAUACGACAUGGAGACUGGGGUUGUGGUGAAAGCACAGUCUUGAUGGAAUACCUCGAAGAUCUCGGCGCCGGCCAGCCUCUUCUUCCACCCAGUAAUCCUCAACUCAGAGCCAAUUGCAGACUUUGGGCGGACCAUAUCAAUCGUAACAUCGUCCCGGCCUUCUACCAGCUUCUCCAGGCCCAGGAAUUCACCAAGCAAACUGAAUACACCACCAAACUCAAAGACGAAAUCGCUAAGAUCGUCGACGUCCUGGAUCCCCACGGUCCUUUCUUCCUAGGGCCUCAACUCUCCUAUGUAGACAUUCAAUUCGCGCCUUGGAUGCUCCGGCUGACGAAAGUCAUGAAGCACUACCGCGGCUGGCCUGAUCCAGUACCCAACAGCAGAUGGGGACGCUGGCUUGAGGCUGUAGUGAACAACGAGCACGUCAAGAACACUACCAGUCUGGACGACCUGUAUACUGAUAGUUACGAGCGGUAUGCGCAGAACCGACCUAAUACUUCGGAGUUAGCGGAUGCUGUCAAUGGUGGGUAUGGCCUGCCAUAA